AUACAAGAAGUAGUUAGACAUGGCCCAGACCAUCAUAUAAAUAGGUGUACCAGUUCUCCACCUUCCCUACUCCUCCAUAGUCGAAACAUUAAUAUGGGGAGGUUCUUCUUCUUCUCCUUCCAGCUCUCUCUUCUAUGGGUUCCUAUAAUCUUCCCCACUGUCAUUCUCCAAAGCAAGCCUGCCAUGGCCUUGCCAUUAUACACCAAUUCACGGUGGAUCGUCGACGGAGAAGGGCAAAGAGUGAAGUUGGCAUGCGUGAACUGGGUUUCACACAUGGAAGUCGUGGUGGCUGAGGGCCUUAGUAAGCAGCCCGUGGAUGCCAUCUCCAAGAGGAUUAAGUCCAUGGGAUUCAAUUGUGUCAGGCUCACUUGGCCUCUUUUCUUGGCCACCAAUGACUCUCUGGCUUCUCUCACUGUGCGGCAGUCCUUUCAGAAUCUUGGGCUUUCUGAAUCCAUUGCCGGAAUCCAAGCGAACAACCCCUCCAUCGUUGAUCUUUCUCUCAUACAAGCAUAUCAGGCGGUGGUGUCUGGCCUGGGAGCUAACAACGUGAUGGUCAUAUUGGACAAUCACAUAAGCAAGCCAGGUUGGUGUUGCAGCGGCUCUGAUCGCAAUGGCUUCUUUGGAGACGAGUAUUUCAACCCUGACCUCUGGGUUAAGGGGCUAACUCGGAUGGCCACAAUCUUCAACGGCGUGGCCAAUGUGGUUGGGAUGAGCUUGAGGAAUGAGCUCCGAGGCGCCAGACAGAACGUUAAUGAUUGGUACAGGUACAUGCAGAAAGGAGCAGAAGCAGUGCAUUCAGCAAACCCGGAUGUUCUGGUCAUUCUCUCCGGUCUGAACUAUGACAAGGACUUGUCGUUCCUCCGCAAUCAACCAGUGAACAUCACAUUCACUGGGAAGCUAGUAUAUGAGAUGCAUUGGUACGCGUUUACGGAUGGGAAGGCAUGGGAAUCUGGGAACCCGAAUCAAGUGUGUGGGAGAGUGGUGAAUAACAUGAUGAGAUUAUCGGGGUUCUUGCUGGAGCAGGGCUGGCCAUUGUUCGUGAGUGAGUUUGGGAUAGACAUGAGAGGAACAGAUGUGAACGACAACAGGUACUUCAAUUGCUUCAUGGCCAUGGCUGCAGAACAUGACCUGGAUUGGGCACUCUGGACGCUUGCUGGGAGUUAUUAUUUGAGAGAGGGAGUCAUUGGGUCGAGUGAGUACUAUGGGGUGCUUGAUUGGAAUUGGUGUGAUACCAGAAAUCCAAGCUUCAUGAAAAGAAUCUCUACUCUGCAAUCUCCUUUUCAAGGGCCAGGCCUAGCAGAAACUGAUCGACACAAAGUAAUUUUCCAUCCAUUAACGGGUCUCUGUGUCCUAGGAAAAUCCCUCCUGGAACCACUCAGGUUGGGUCCCUGCACCGACUCUGAAGCCUGGAGCUACACAUCCCAGAAGACUUUGAAACUAAUGGGAACACUUUACUGCUUAAAAGCACAAGAAUUGGAUGAUCCAGCAACACUUGGAGUAAUUUGCACCGUUUCUGGGUCGAAAUGGGAAAUCAUCUCGGAUUCUCAGAUGCAUCUCUCAUCAAAGGUUGGCAAUGGUACUACCGUUUGCCUAGAUGUAGACUCCAGCAAUAACAACAUAGUCACAACUACUUGCAAAUGCAUAAGCAGAGACAACAUGUGUGAUCCAGGAAGCCAGUGGUUCAAGCUUGUUGACAGCACAAGAAGUUCAAAUUCUAAAGAAUCAUUCUGAUAAAGUCGAUCUUGGCUCUGCUUAGGUAAGUAUUACAUAGGGAUAUUUUUCAGAUCAGCAUGAGAGCAGCAGUCAAGAGAAGGAGAGCAACUAGACAAACUCCUCAAUACGCCCAUAACUAUUAGUCCCGCUGGAAAUUUCUGUACCCGGAAAAACAAAAUAAAAAAAUAAAUCUAUACCCAUGACGAAACUAACACUGGAGCAGAUUGUCUGUUCUGCUAGUUUCUGCAAGUGAA